CCUAAAAGACACAAGUUUUGAGCAGGUUUUCGUUAAAGAUAAGGAGAGAAAUUUGUCUAUAUUUUCGGAGUGGCAUCACUGUAACUUAAAUCGAUGAUCCCAGCAUCACGUUAUUAACUGUGCUGCGUCAUUCUGUGCCACGCCUCAGUCUUUUUCAUUACAACACAUUCUCUCAUUUAAUUCGAUUUCAAAAGUGAAUUAUGUCUCUUGAAGAACCGAAAAAAAAAAUGGAAAUACAACGCGAAGCAAUCUUAGGGCAAGGAGGAUAUGGAAUCGUCUAUAAGGGCUUUUGGGGUCCGAAUCGCAUACCAGUGGCCGUCAAGCGACUUCAGCUGGUGCAUCUUGACAGCAGCGAAAAAGAAGAGGAAGCACUUCAAAAUUUGAAGCAUCCAAACAUCAUAAAAAUUUAUCACGCCGAAAACGACACAGAUUUCAGAUAUUUUGCGCUUGAACUGUGCGAAGCCUCGAUGGACAAAUUAUUCCUGCAAGACGACGAUUCCAAAAAGUGUCGCAGGCGAAUGCCUCCGCGAGAAGACGUUCUUUAUCAAUUAGCCCAGGGAUUAAAAUACAUUCACAAAAUGGGAAUGACCCACCACGACAUCAAGCCAGAGAACGUCCUUAUCUGGGUGGAUUCUAAGGAUGGCCAAGUCAUAAUGAAAUGGGCAGACUUUGGACUAAGAAAAGGAAAAUACGGCAUUGUUUAUGAAGGCGUUUGGCGUGGAAAUCAAGUAGCCAUCAAAAGAAUUCCUUUAGAUCAUGCCACGAUCAGCAAUGAACGAGAAGUGAACGCGCUAAAAAAAUUUGAUCAUGAAAACGUCAUCAAGUUGUUUCAUGAUGAGAAAGACACAAACUUUAAAUUUUUUGUCCUUGAAUUGUGUAAGGCCUCUUUGGACAAACUAUUUCUUAAAGGAGAUGACCCAGAAAAGUACAGUGGCCCAAUGCCGUCAGAGGCAGAAGUCCUACUCCAGUUGGCUAAAGGACUCGAGCAUAUACACAAAAAUGGAUUAGUCCAUCGCGACAUCAAGCCACAGAACGUUCUCAUUUGGGUGAACCCACAAACUAAGCAGGUUUUAAUGAAAUGGGCUGAUUUUGGUUUCAGUAAACAAGUCAACGAAAGGGGAACUUUCACCAUGAGUGGAGUGAGGGGAACAUUACAUUGGUUAGCACCAGAAAUAUUGAAACUAAUGGACGAGGAUAGCUCUACUGAUAACGAAGAUAAGAAAAGAGGAACCGUCAAGAGCGAUGUAUUUGCAGAAGGCCUCGUCUUUGGCUACUUCCUUUCGGAAGGGGUUCAUCCUUUUGGCACCUCAAAUAUACAAAUCCCAAUAAACGUAGGAAAAAUGGAACCAGCCAACCUUCCCAAGAGGAAAAAAAUUCGUAACAUAAUCAGAAAAAUGUUAGACAAAGAACCAGAUAAUCGAAUUGCAUCGUCCGACGUCGUUGCACUACUCAAAGAAGAAAAGGAAGGCAAGGCAAUAGAGAUUGAUGUCAAUUGCAAAACCAAGUACGGAAGUAAUGCUCUAACACUGUUGUACCAAAAUUACCAAAAAGAAAAUCUAAAAGAAAUUACGGGUCUUCUGAUGCAAAGUGGAUUAAAUGUGACUCCAGAAACGGUCACCUUUUUCAAGGAAAAAUACCACAAAGAAAAUCGCGAUGAAAUCUUGUUAUUGCUUGAUCAACAACAUUCAGAUGAACCUGUGACCAAACGAAUGAAAUUCGAAUAA